CUCCAAAGAUGGGACAAAACGAGAGGGGCACGCCCGCCCGGAAGGAAGUCAAAUAAAGGCACUUCCGCCCUCCAUUAAGAUGUCGCCGGCGGAAGGGGCGGGGUACCGCCGGGUAGUGAUGGCCGCGUCGAGGCUGGAGCUGAACUUGGUGCGGUUGCUGUGCCGCUGCGAAGCGAUGGCAGCAGAGAAGCGGGACCCGGACGAGUGGCGUCUGGACAAGUAUGUGGGAGCCCUCGAGAACAUGCUGCAGGCCCUGAAAGCCCAAGCGAGCAAACCGGCCUCCGAGGUGAUCAAUGAAUAUUCCCGCAAGGUAGACUUUCUCAAGGGGAUGCUGCAGGCGGAGAAGCUGACCUCCUCCUCGGAGAAGGCACUAGCCAACCAGUUCCUGGCCCCUGGCCGCGUGCCAACCACAGCCAGGGAGCGGGUGCCCGCCACCAAGACUGUACAUCUGCAGUCACGGGCUCGUUACACCGGUGAGAUGCGGAGUGAGCUGUUAGGCACGGACUCUGCUGGAGAGCCACAGCCGGACGUCAGGAAGAGAAUUGGGGUGGCAGGGCCCAGGCCAGGAGAUGAGAAGCAGUCGGCAGCCGAGCUAGACCUCGUCCUGCAACAACACCAGAACCUCCAGGAAAAGCUGGCAGAAGAAAUGCUAGAUCUGGCCCGGAGCCUAAAGACCAACACACUGGCCGCCCAGAGCGUCAUUAAGAAGGACAACCAGACCCUGUCACAUUCACUCAAGAUGGCUGACCAGAACCUGGAGAAGCUGAAGACAGAAUCAGAGCGGCUGGAGCAGCACACACAGAAGUCGGUCAACUGGCUGCUCUGGGCCAUGCUUAUCAUAGUCUGCUUCAUUUUCAUCAGCAUGAUCCUCUUCAUCCGUAUCAUGCCCAAACUCAAAUAAACUUGGCCCGGCCUACCCCAUC